UCGGCUGCUCGCCUCGUCGAGAAGUUAUAAAAGAGCGUUUUCAAAAUUUUUGCCCAUUCCCUGUUCAACUUUCGUCGAUUUCACAUCGCAGCAGUAGCAGUAGCAGCAGCAGCAGAAGUCAUGGCCCGUACCAAGCAAACCGCUCGCAAGUCCACCGGAGGAAAAGCUCCGCGGAAGCAGUUGGCCACGAAGGCGGCCCGCAAGAGUGCCCCGGCCACCGGAGGAGUGAAGAAGCCUCAUCGUUACCGUCCCGGAACGGUCGCGCUGCGUGAGAUCCGUCGCUACCAGAAGUCCACCGAGUUGCUGAUCCGCAAGUUGCCCUUCCAACGGCUGGUGCGUGAAAUCGCCCAAGACUUCAAGACGGAUCUGCGCUUCCAGAGCUCGGCCGUGAUGGCGCUGCAGGAGGCAAGCGAAGCCUACUUGGUUGGACUGUUCGAGGACACGAAUCUGUGCGCGAUUCACGCCAAGCGUGUUACGAUCAUGCCCAAGGACAUCCAACUGGCUCGGCGCAUCCGUGGAGAGCGUGCAUAAGGAAAUUGCUCUCAAUCCUGACCCCAAUUAAACGGCCCUUUUCAGGGCCACUAAUUUCAUUACGAAAGAGUUAUUGUCUUGCAAGUCAAAUUUACGUCACUGUUCGCCGAACACGUCCGCGGUCUUCAGUAGUUCUGCUCCCCCUCAAUCUUCAAUUGUAGAGUAAAUUUUCAUAACAACUAAAUCUAGAAUUUUUCUCAUUAAUCUUGUGCCCAUCCCUUUUACUGAAAUGCAUUACGUCAGUAAACUGGUCCUGCUGCAAUUUGUAUGCCGCUAUCCUCACC